AUGAAUACUUCGAAUAACAAUCGUUUAACUAUACUCGAUUUACCUAAUGAAAUAUUACUCAAUAUUAUUAGCAAACUAAGUUUUAUCGAUGUUUUCUAUUCACUUGUGGAUAUCAAUGAACGAUUUGAUCAAUUAUCGCUUGAUCCUCUUUAUAUUCGUCAUCUUGAUAUGACUGUUAUGACAAUGAAAUCAUUUUUUGAAUAUACAUUUUCAGUAGAUGAUCAGGUUCUUUCAAAAAUAUGUGAAAAUAUCUUACUUCUCAUUCAUUCACAAGUAUAUAAACUUACUGUUGAACAACAUUCAACUGAAUGUAUUCUUCUGAAUGUCAGUUAUCCUAAACUUUACUCAAUAUCAUUUGUUAAUUUUCAAAAAGAAAAAUUUCUUCACUAUUUAACAGGUAUAUUAUUAAUAAUUAGUUUAGUUCGUUGCAUUUUAUAA